AUGACUAUGACACGAUAUAGUUCAACUACGGAGGAUCGGUUAGGUAGUUUAUUUUGGGCCGAUGGAAUAUGUCGAGCUGAUUAUCAAUAUUUUGGUGACGUCCUUACGUUUGAUGCUACAUACAAAAAGAAUAAGUACAAGAAACCAUUGAAAAAUGCUACUUUGAAAAUCAAGGACCCAGGCUUAUGUGAAUCAUUUAAGAAGUUCAUUUAUGCCAAGUGGGAUGUUGAUGAAUUUGAGGAGGAAUGGUCAAAAUUGGUUGAAGAGUUUGGUGGCAUUAACAACUUCAUAAAAAGAUUUGUUCAUUCAAGACACAACAUUUUAGAGUUGGUGGAGAAUCUUGAGCGGGCUUUACGAGAUUACCACAACACUGAGAUGGUUGCUCAAUUCAAGACAAUCAAUUUUGAUCCUGUUUUGACAACUGGCUUACAGUCUCUCGAGAUUUGUGCUACAAACAUCUACACUAGAGAGAUAUUCAAACUAGUGAGGAAGCAAAUUGAAGAAGUGGUUUCUUUAGACAUUAUACAUAGUCAGCCCCUUUCCACAACUAUGGUAUACAAGAUUUGUGCUUUUCAAAAGAGGGUCAAAACAUUUACAGUUGUAUAUGAUCGCAAUGAGAAGAAAUUGGAGUUUGAAUGCUGUCAUUGGGAUCAUGAAGGGUAUCCUUGUAGUCAUAUGUUGUGUGUGCUGAGACGAGAGGAUGUAGAUGAAUUGUCAGAAAGUCUAAUUCUAAAAAGAUGGAUCCGAGAUGCAAAGAAGUAUACUAAUGAUCAAACAGUCGAAAGCACUGCAAAUGAUGCUGAAAAAGGUUUCUUAAUGAGAUAUGGUGCUAUGUUAGUUGCCACAAUGUGGAUGUCAUUCCUUGCGGCUCAAGAAGUUCCACUUUUUGGUGAUAUGAUGAAUGAAGUUACUAGAUGGACCAAAGAUCUAGAGAAAAGGUGUAGCAUUAAAAGGCAAAAUGGUGUUACUGAUGUAUUACAUCCUGCUGCUGAAUUUAUUGGUGAUCCAUGUGUCGCUAAGACUAAAGGUGCACCCAAACUCAAGAAGAAUGAAACUAGGAAAAGAUCGUCAUGUUCAAAUUGCUUCGUGAAGGGUCAUACAAAGAGACAUUGUCCAAAGUUAGUUGAUGAAGGUGACCGGAGCCAUGAUCAUCUCCCUUCUCGAUGUACAGACACAGAUGAGGCAGCAAAAGAGCCUCUUGGUGCCACUAGGUGUGAGAAUAAUGGGUGCAACUGUAUUGCAGAAUCUAGUACUAAGCUCAUGGGUUCUCAAUCGAAUCUGGCGGGUAUAGGAGCGUUUUCAGGGGUCCAAUUUUAUCCAACUCUUAGUAACUUAUUUCCAACGCCACAGGGUGGAGUACCUGGCCAACCAACCACUCUGCAAAAUAUUGGGCAUCAAUGGCUCUUACAGAGGCCAUGGAAGCUAGGAAUACCUUGA